UGGUGAGAGUCACCUUAGAAGUAGACUGUGCCUCUCCCCCUUACUCUGCCCAAUUAGCACCUGAGCUCUGCGUUCUCCCAGCCUUCCUGGAUGGGCUGGAGGCACAGGCCUGUUGUUCAGUGUAAUGUCCACAGGGACCUAGAAGUGGGUAGGGCUGGAGCCACUCCUGUCCACCUCUCUCUCUGACUUGGGGUGAAUGAGAAUGCAGAGGAAAAUUUCAACAUGGGCUCUGCUUUCUAACUCCUUCAAAACUGUCUUAGUCCCAAAUUCAGAUCAAGCCCAUCAUUGACUCAUUAAUUCAUGAAUAUCUAUUGGCUUCCAACUCUGGCCAUAAGUGGCACUGUGCUAGGCAUGGAGGAGAAACCCAAGCAAUGUCAACCCCUCUCUUUUCCCCAGGAGCAUAUAACAUGGUUGGAGAACAAGACAAAUCUAGGAAACAGUUAAGUGACAAUGCCAGAGAAAGUCCCAAGCUGUGUAGAAUAGACCGUAGAUGCUGUGGAUGUUAGAAUGAGGAGGGAGAGAGCACUAUGGCUGAAGAGGUCAGAGGCUGAAGGCUUCCUGGAGGAGGGGACCCUUGAGCUCAGCCUUGAAGGAUGGGACAACACCAUCGACUUCCUGGAGUAUGUGGCAGCUCUGAAUCUCGUGCUGAGGGGCACCCUGGAGCACAAGCUGAAGUGGACCUUCAAGAUCUAUGAUAAGGACGGCAAUGGCUGCAUCGACCGCCUGGAGCUACUCAACAUUGUGGAGGGAAUUUACCAGCUGAAGAAAGCCUGCCGGCGAGAGCUACAAACUGAGCAAGGCCAGCUGCUCACGCCCGAGGAGGUCGUGGACAGGAUCUUCCUCCUGGUGGAUGAGAAUGGAGAUGGCCAGCUGUCUCUGAACGAGUUUGUUGAAGGUGCCCGUCGGGACAAGUGGGUGAUGAAGAUGCUACAGAUGGACAUGAAUCCCAGCAGCUGGCUCGCUCAGCAGAGACGGAAAAGUGCCAUGUUCUGAGGAGUCUGGGGCCCCUCCACGACUCCAGGCUCACCCAGGUUUCCAGGGUAGUAGAAGGGUCCCUGGCUCAGCCUGCUCAUGCCCACUCUUCCCCUGGUGUGGACUUCCUGGCACCCCUUGUGCAGGGCUGAGUGGGGAUGGGGAAGGGCUGCUGGGUUUGAAGUGGCCAACAGGGCAUAGUCCAUUUUGGAGGAUUCCCUGGGAUGGUGAAGGAAAUUCGGUUACUUUUCCUGUUCAGCCGCUCCUGGGAGGACUAUGCCUUGGCUGGGUGGUCGUGGGGCUCCCACAGUUUCUAGGUGUUCUCAGUUGGAAGCAAGAGCCAACUGAGGGGUGAGGGUCCCACAGACCAAAUCAGAAAUGAGAACACAAAGACUGGUAGGAGGCAGGGGUGGGAGGGUGUUGAGACUGAAGAAAAGGCAGGAGUUGCCGGGCGCCGUGGCUCACGCCUGUAAUCCCAGCACUUUGGGAGGCCCAGGCGGGCGGAUCACGGGGUCAGGAGAUCGAGACCAUCCUGCCUAACACAGUGAAACCCCAUCUCUACUAAAAAUACAAAAAAUUAGCCGGGCAAGGUGGCGGGCGCCUGUAGUCCCAGCUACUCGGGAGGCUGAGGCAGGAGAAUGGCGUGAACCCAAGGGGGCCGAGCCUGCAGUGAGCCAAGAUCGCGCCACUGCACUCCAGCCUGGGCGACAGCGAGACUCCAUCUCAAAAAAAAAAGAAAAGAAAAAGAAAAAGAAAAAGAAAAAGGCAGGAGUUUGGGGGGCAGGGGGCAGCAAUAAUUCUAUAACUUCCAGGAUGCUGAGGGGCGUUCAUGGGGAAGACCCUGGCCUCCUCCUCCCCAAGGCAUCCUCAUCAGUGGUGUCAACAGGAAAAAUGGUAGCAAAUACGCUUCAGGCUGUGGUCUUUCUGCCUUUGAAAGGGUCGGCUCUACUUAAAGGGGCUGUUUCAGCUCUGCCUGGGUGCUGCUCCGGGACCCCUGCUGCCAACCCACCACUCCCACAACAAUCCUCCCUUUCCAUCCACAUCCCCCAGUAUGGACCUUCCACAACUCCCAGCCAUAAGCUGAAUGUUUCUCUUUAAAGGAUGGAGAAAACUUCUGUCUGUCUCUGGCAAGAAUUGGGGGACUGUUGACUGGGGUUCUGGGCUGGGCUUUGCUUCUAACUGCUGCGUGACCCAAGACAGCCACUUCUCCUCCCUAACCUCGGUUAUGUCUCGGUGGCACAGUGAGCAGGUCGGACUAGGCAAACAGUUUUGGAUUAUUGUGUUUUUAGAUGUGGAAUUAUUUUUUGUUAUAUAAACUCUUAUGUGUAACCCCAAUAUAGAAACUAGAUUAAAAGGGAGUCUCUCUGGUUGAAAGGGGAGCUGAGGCACCUCUGGAACAGGAGGCACCUCUGAAAAAAGCAAACUGAAAACCAGUGCCCUGGGUCACUGUUACUCCUAUAAGACAGUUUAAAGUGAGACCUGGAAAAACAUUUGCUUUACCUUGAAUAGAUAGGUUUUUAUGUUGGUGUAUAAGAAAUAAAACUAACCUAUUAAACCUGA